GUACACAUGAAUAUCGUGGAAAUUGGAUGACAUGUGAUCUGACCCCUGACAAUUCUCGUUCAGCUCGGCGUCGUCGUUGAAACGUGCGGUGCCUGGAGAUUCCCUUCCAGUUGAGGCGGCGGAGAAUUAAUGGAAGCCCUAGGCAUCUCAAGCUACUUGAUAUCGCCGGCGUUCCAUCGCCUGUCUCGGCCCUACGGCUGCGGCGCCAUCGCCGUAAGGAGUUCCGUUUCAACCUUCCGAUGUUCCCCCCGCCAACAUUAUUUCCCUCCAAUCUCCUCCUUCAGACGGGCUCUUCUUUCUCCUCCCUCUGCUCUUUUAGCUAACAAAGAAGAGGCAGCAAGGUUCGAAGAAGCUUCGAGAAAUGGUGGCAACUUGGUGCCGCUCUAUCGAUGCAUUUUCUGCGAUCACUUGACACCCGUGCUCGCCUACCGCUGCCUGGUAAGAGAGGACGAGAGAGAGGCGCCCAGUUUCUUGUUCGAGUCGGUGGAGCAAGGUUCUCAAGGAACCAGCGUGGGUCGCUACAGUGUUGUGGGAGCUCAACCGGCUAUGGAAAUUGUGGCAAAGGAGAAUAUGGUGUCUAUAUUGGAUCAUGAAGAGGGCCGUAAGACUGAAAAAUUUGUAGAGGACCCCAUGGAAGUUCCGAGAACAAUCAUGGAGGGUUGGAAUCCAGUGCUUAUUGAUGAGCUCCCUGAUGCCUUUUGUGGUGGAUGGGUAGGAUACUUUUCCUACGAUACAGUACGAUAUGUUGAAAAGAAGAAACUUCCUUUCUCUUGUUCUCCAAAAGAUGAUAGGAAUCUCCCAGAUGUUCAUUUAGGUCUCUACAAUGAUGUAAUUGUUUUUGAUCAUGUUGAGAAGAAAGCAUUUGUGAUUCAUUGGGUUCACCUUAGUCGGCAUUCAUCAAUAGAGGAUGCUUAUCAAAAUGGGAGGAAGCGGCUGGAAAAUUUACUUGCACGGGUGCACAAUACAGUUGUACCAAGGCUCACGGCUGGUUCUGUUAAAUUGAGUACCUACCAUUUUGGCACUCCCUUAAAUAUCUCAUCUAUGACAAGGGAAGAAUACAAGGAGGCUGUUUUGAGAGCAAAAGAACACAUUCUUGCAGGAGAUAUUUUCCAGAUAGUCUUGAGUCAGCGAUUUCAGAGACAUACAUUUGCAGAUCCGUUUGAAGUUUAUCGAGCAUUACGUAUAGUGAAUCCAAGUCCCUAUAUGACUUAUUUGCAAGCUAGGGGCUCCGUACUUGUUGCAUCAAGCCCUGAAAUUCUCACUCGUGUGAAGAAGAGGAAGAUUGUGAAUAGACCUCUUGCUGGGACGAUCAGAAGGGGAAAGACAGAGAAAGAAGAUAAGAUACUUGAACAGCUACUACUAAGUGAUGAGAAGCAAUGUGCUGAACACAUUAUGCUUGUAGAUUUGGGUCGUAAUGAUGUUGGAAAGGUCUCAAAGUCAGGUACUGUAAAUGUGGAGAAGCUAAUGAAUGUUGAAAGAUACUCUCAUGUGAUGCAUAUUAGCUCCACGGUUACUGGGGAGCUGUUUGAAAAUCUCACAUGCUGGGAUGCUUUGCGUGCUGCAUUGCCUGUAGGAACAGUCAGUGGAGCUCCUAAGGUAAGAGCCAUGGAGUUGAUUGAUGAACUGGAGGUCACAAGACGAGGGCCAUACAGUGGAGGAUUUGGAGGAAUAUCAUUCACUGGUGACAUGGACAUUGCGCUUGCUCUCAGGACCAUCGUCUUUCCAACCGGAUCCCGUUACAACACAAUGUACUCCUACAAAAACCAUGAUCGGCGACAAGAAUGGAUAGCACACUUUCAGGCCGGUGCCGGCAUUGUUGCAGAUAGCGAUCCAGAUGACGAACAACGUGAGUGCGAGAAUAAAGCUGCUGCCCUCGCUCGUGCCAUUGAUAUAGCUGAGUCUACUUUUGUGGAUGGGGAAGAUUAGCUCUGUUUUAUAGGCCACUUACUGUGUUUCUCAGAUCACAUUUGGAAGCACUUGCUGAGCAGGAGCCGCUAUGUUAGCUUGUUAUCGCUAUUCAAAUUCUGCAGCAUUGAAGCUUGUUUAAGAGAUCUAAUAAUAUGCGCUUAGGUGAAGGAGUUGCUUCUUCUGGACUUGUGUUAUUUAUCUGCUAGGAUGAUUUUGAGCUUCCAGUUUGGAUGAUUUUUCCUGUUUUUCUUCAAAUAAAAAGCAUGUUUGUAGUGAUUAAUUGCAAACCGACAAAGUGAGGGACUAAAGGGGAUGAAAAAAGAGAGGCUUUUUUACUGUAGAUUUUUUAUUUUUCUCCUGCCUUGUUUUCCAGUAAUUGA